AUGAAAAGCCAGUUGAAACGACUGGAAAAGGAGCCAGAAUUGUUGAAAGAGUACGAUAGGAUAAUAAGAGAUCAGGCAGAGCAGGGAAUCAUAGAGCAGGUACCAAGUCUUGAGAAAGCAGGCAAAGUUCAUUAUCUACCUCACCAAGCAGUAAUUCGUAAAGAUGCAGUGACAACUAAGGUACGCAUAGUGUAUGACGCGUCCUCGAAAGGAAUAAAAUCUAAAACAUCGCUUAACGACUGUUUGCAUGUUGGACCAUCGCUCAAUCCAUUGCUUUACAGUAUAUUGUUACGUUUCAGAGAAAAUAGAGUAGCAUUAGUAGCAGACAUCGAAAAGGCAUUUUUAAAUGUAGAGGUAGACAAGGAAGACCGAGACUCUCUGAGGUUUUUAUGGGUGAAUGAGAUUGCAAGCAGCGAUAGGGAGGUAAUGGUUUACAGAUUUUGUCGUGUAGUAUUCGGAUUAAACUCAUCGCCAUUUUUACUCAAUGCCACCUUGAGGCAUCAUGUCUCAAAGAACAAAGAAAUAGACCCAGAGUUUGUACGUAAGGUUCUUGAAAGCUUUUAUGUGGAUGACCUGGUCAGUGGAGAGAGAAGUGAAGGAAAAGCAUUUAAGUUGUAUGAGAAUACAAAGACUAGGAUGGCAGAAGGAGGGUUUAAUCUAAGGAAAUGGCUAACAAAUAGCAAAGCAUUGAGUGAUCAGAUUGAUCGGAAAGAGAGAGGGAUAGAUAAGACAAACCCAGAUAGCGGGGGGGGAGAGUGA